AUGUCCUCUGGACCUCUGCCUCUCCCACCUUCAAAAUUAAAAGAGAUAGAGAAGAACAUUGAUGAGAGGAACGACGAUGAGAAUCUCAAGAACACGACUGGUCUGGUUAAGAUGCCAUACACUUUACUGUUUCCGACCGGUGAAGGUGGAGUUACUGGCAGAGGAAUUCCAAAGUGUCUCCAUAUAAAAACAGGUCUNUCCUUGGCCAUAUCACCCUUGAAUUUUAAGUUUCCUAUUGGUAGCAUCUUCGACCAGUUGGUUUGUUUGGAGCUAGGUACAAAUAAAAAAGCAUGGUGGGAUCUACUUUCCUUCAUGCUUCAUAGUUCUCCUAAAUUGCAAGUCCUCAAGUUCAUCGAUGACAUAGGUUGGGUGGACAGUGUUGAGGCUACUGGAGUAUGGAAUCCACCAGAGAAUGUUCCUAAAUGUUUGUUGUCUCACCUUGAGACGUUUAUGUGGAAAGGCUACAAACGGAAACGAAAAGAGGAGCUAGAAGUGGCGAAAUACAUUCUAAAGAACACGAAUCGCUUGAAGAGAGCUUCUUUCUCCUUAAACCUCAUCUGCAGUUAUCGAGAUAGGCUUGAGGUUCUCAAUGAUUUGAAAAGUGUUGUCAGGGAUAGAAAUUCAUGCCAGGUUCAAUUCAUCAUAUGA